AUGCCUUCUACGAGUGCAAAGACUCAGCCAUCGGAUAACCCUCAGUUCCAGUCCUAUCUCGACAGCUACCCUCAUCCGCAUACCUUAGCACUGGUCCCAUCGUUUGGCACAGACGAAGAAUAUCGAUCAUUCCAAUUCUUCCUCGAAAAGACGUCAAGUUUGAUCUCUGUCUAUUCUCAGCCUUACCUGUGGACCGUGCUUCUUCCCCAGGCAGCAUGGCACCAACCUGCGAUAAAGCAUUCCAUCAUCUCGCUUGCCACUCUACAUCGAUCACUUACGACCUUUGACUCAACGGUGGCUACUCAGGAGAAGCAUAUCUUCAUGUCACACUACAACCAGGCCAUUCGUGCUUUAGUGACCGAGAAGCCUCCAGUGGAUGUGGUUUUAGCAGCGUGCGUGAUCUUCUGGGCCCUGGAAAACUUCAAUGGUAGCGUGGAAGCAGCUUUCGAUCACAUGAAGGCAGCAGUCAAAAUCCUCGGAGAAUGGAAAUCGAAGCGACGGCCCGACGACCCUUCGAACGAUCUGAUCUCGACUUACAUCGAACCUACGAUUCGCGACAGCAUCAAAUUUGCCUCCAAGCCUCGAGUGGAGGAGAUCAAAACUCAGAUGGAGGCCAUCUCCCUGAGCACACAAGACUACCGUGUCUUAAACAUCGACCACCCCGUGUUCGAGAACUUGGAACAUGCAGGCGCAUAUCUGCUCGACUGCAUCGGGGAACUCCUCCACCUGACGCUAACACUGAAGAGCCUGACCUCGGAGCUGCGUGAUCAGGUCGAUGAACUGGAAGCAAGGCUCUACAAAUGGAUGAAUCUUUUCCAACACCUAACGGCCACUGGGCCAGUGUACCAGCGGAAAAUGCUCAUCGUCCACAACGUGGCUGCAUACUGUCUUCUGAGCCGAUUGAAACUCAAAGCCGGGAUCUCAGACCCCAACACCACGCCACCAGGCCGCGAUCGCUAUUCUUUCGUUGUCCUCGAGGUCGAAGACAUGUUGAAGUACGACCCUUACUGUGUCGAGUCGAGCAAAAAAGAACCCCCAUCGUUGGGCUUUGUGCCUCCAGUCUUCCUUGCAGCUACCACGGCGCCCAAAGCAGAGACCAGGCAACGAGCCAUCAACGCCCUUCGACUACUGAGUGCGAUGGAUGGACCCUGGAACGGUAAGAUGGCAGCCUCCGUCGCAGAAGUCAUGUGGGAAAUCGCACACCAAUUCUCCAUCCCAGCUUCUGAACUGGACAUCGAGCAGAUGAACUUCGAGUACGACCUGCAGAAGCACUGCGUCCGCGUGAUGUGGCAGCCCGAUGACGACCACCUCCAGGGAUUUAGCUUUGUGAAAGAGUUAGAAGUGGUCGGCGCGAGCUGGGCGGAUUGUGGGUGGCCCAAGCAAUCCCAUUAA